UGGCCGGCGGCCGUGCUGCAGGUGCAGGGCUACCGCGGCCUGGUGCGCUUCGAGGGCAUGGGCAACGACGCCAGCCGGGACCGUUGGGUGGACCUCUGCUCGGAGGAGGUGAAGCCGGUGGGCUGGUGCCGCCUGCUGGUGCAGCGGCUCAUCGGCACUCGCACACUGCCCGACGGCUUCCACCGGAAGGUGGUGGCCGGCCUCAGCUCCCAGCUCGCUGUGGGCCAGACGGUGGAGGUGGUGGACAAGAGCUGCAUCAGUCAGGUGCGCGCCGCCACCGUCAGCCGCGUGGUCGGCCGCCGCCUGCACGUGCACUACCUGGACGCGCCGGACGACGACGGCGGCUUCUGGUGUCAUGAGAACUCGCCGCUGGUGCACCCGGUGGGCUGGGCGCGCGCCGUCGGCCACCGGCUGUCGGCGCCGGACGACUACCUGGCGCGCUGCGAGACGGGCUCCUUCCUGCCCACGGACGCUACGCAGGACUGCCUGCCGGCGCCGCCGCCCAUCACGCACGAGGGCUUCAAGGUGCGCAUGAAGCUGGAGGCGCUGGACCCGCUGAACCUGGGCAGCAUCGGCGUGGCCACCGUCAUGCAGGUGCUGGGCAACCACUUCCUGAUGGUGCGGCUGGAGUCGCUGCCGCCGGAGCCGGGGCGCGCCGACGCCGACUGGUUCUGCUACCACGCCAGCUCGCCGUACAUAUUCCCGCCGGGGUUCUGCCGGACCGUGGGCGUGGCGCUGACGCCGCCGCACGGCCACGCGGCCGACACCUUCAGCUGGGAGGCGUACCUGGCUUCGCAGCCGGGCGCGCAGGCGGCGCCGGCGCGGCUCUUCCAGCGACCGCCGCUCUCGCACGGCUUUCAGCCGGGCCAGCGGCUGGAGGCAGUGGAUCUCAUGGACCCGCAGCUGGUGUGCGUGGCGACCGUGGCGGCCGUGGUCGGGCGCCUGCUGCGCAUCCACUUCGACGGCUGGGAGGAGCGGUUCGACCAGUGGGUGGACGCGUCCAGUCCGGACAUAUUCCCGGUCGGCUGGUGCCGGCUGGUGGGGCACCAACUGGAGCCGGAGGAGGAGGACGGAUGUCCUCCGCCGACGGAGGAGGGGGACCGGCGUCCUUCGUCGCCGGAGAAGGACCGGCAUCCGUCGCCGGAGGAGGAGGAGGAGGACCGGCGUCCCUCUCCGGAGGAGGGGGAGGAGGACCGACGUCCGCCAGAUGAGGGGGAUGCUGUUGCUGCGUCCGGUGAUCAGGCGGCUGAGGACGUGGGCGAGCAGGCGCCGGCAGAGGUACAGACCUUUCCCGAAGAGGACCAGCUGGAGCUGGAGCUGUUGUAA